CGACGCCCUUUAUUAGACCCCGCGACGGCGGCCGCAUGCUCUCUCGCUUCUUCUGUUCCCAAAUCGCCCCCUUCGCAUCUUCUUCGCCGGACGAAUCGAUCGGACGAAGCGGGGACGAGUAGAAAUCCUCCUUCGAAUCAGCUUAGGCGACGAUGGCCGAUUACGCUCAGGAGCAGGAGAUGGAGAUUGAGGCGCUACAAGCCAUUCUCAUGGACGAUAUCGAAGAGAUCGAUUCCAGUGAGAGUGGGCUAAGCACUCAAAAUCGGUGCUUUCUUAUUUCACUAACUCCGCAGGAUAAUGAUGUGGAUGAGUCAAUUUCAACUCCAGUUAAGAUGGGUCUGAUAUUUUCUCACACUGAAAAGUAUCCUGACGAACCCCCACUUCUGAAUGUUAAAAGUUUAAGAGGCAUUAGGCCAGAAGAUCUGACAAGUUUGAAAGAAAAGCUUCUCCAGGAGGCAUCUGAGAAUCUUGGCAUGGCAAUGAUUUACACGCUAGUCACAUCAGCUAAAGAGUGGUUAAGUGAAGCGUAUGGAAAUGAUAUUGGAAUUGAAGAUUCUGAAGAAAAUGAUGCAGUUAAAGAUGAGAUUAUUGUUCCACACGGAGAACCGGUUACCGUAGAAUCCUUUGUUUCUUGGAGAGAAAGAUUUGAAGCUGAACUAGCACUAGAGCGAGCCAAGUUAAUGCCAGACUCUGUUUUAACAUCAACAAAGGAGAAGAAGCUUACUGGAAGACAGUGGUUUGAGAGUGGAAGACAUGCAGUGAAAGGCGCAACUACAGUUGCUGAAGGGUCUGAAGAGGAAGAGGAAGACAUUGAGUUUGAUGACGACUUUGAAGAUGAUGAGGAAGACAUGCUUGAGCAUUAUUUGGCGGAGAGGUCUGAGAAAUCAUCCGAGGGAUCCAGGAAGUGAACAAAGAAUACAUAGUCCUCCCACUUCAUAUCAAGUCUCAGAUCUUUUUAUUGUCCUCCAACUUUGAGUUUGUUCUUUUUCUGCGUCUUCUUUUUCUUUUACCAAUUUCACAGCUAAGAAAUUGAUAUAUCUUGUGAUAUUUUGACCGAUUCUCCCCAAGUCUGAAGUGAUGGCACCUCUCUCUUGUAUGUCUUUGGUCGAUAUUAAGCUAAUCCAUCACAGUAGUUAUAGCAGCAGCACCACCGAUUGCACGCUGAUUGAAAAUUAAAUCUGAACUCUUUGAUCGUGUUGUUGUUGUCGGUCUUCAAAUGUUUACAUGUAUUAUUACAUUAGUAGAAGUGUCGGUCAUCGAAUGGCUUUUAGGUUAUCUUUGACAUUAGCCUCUAUGAUAUAAAAGACGUGAUGAAUCAUGGAACCCUUUUGUAUUAGCUUUAAAUCAAAGCAAUUGAAAGACAAUAGAAGAAUUGACAUA